GGUCAGCCACUAGGACCGGCCGGCCUGUCAUGGAAAGUAGGUCAUUGUAGUCCCCCCUCCGCUGAAGCCACGUGCCUCUUUUUUGCCCAAGACCGCUACAAAACGAGAUUUUAUUCUGCAACAAAGUAGUCGAGCGUACUCUCAGCAAAGUGCCUUAAUACGUGUACAUAGUGCACCUGUCUGCCCAGUGAGUUGGCGCGAAAGUUUGAGGGGAGAAUCUUUGUUGAUAGCUCGAGUGUUUGUGCUGCCAUUUUUCUCGGUCUGCCGCGCCGGGGAGACAACGGACAGAAACUUCAAGUCGUCAGGUCAAGGUCUGGCUGGGUAAAGGGGGACUCCGGACCGGCUUCAGGUUUCUGUGUUGGGACAAACCAGACCGUAAUCCCUGCCAACAACUUUAGAAGAUUUGUGGUUGUAAAUUUUGUUUGAAAUUCUUGGAACUAGUGACGUUUAUGCUGUACUGAGGCGAUGGGGGACGACAUCUGGGUGAAGCGGGCGAGCUGGCGCGGCCCGGCGGCCGACUCCCACGGGGACGGCUACGGGCCCCUCCCGGACAAGGCGAACGGGAGUAACGGUACCGCCAACGGGACCGUCAAGGAGGCCGGUUCGGAAGACUCCGUGAACUUAAAAAAGAAGAUCACCCUCGUCAACGGGAUUUGCUUGAUCGUGGGGAACAUCAUCGGGUCCGGAAUCUUCGUGUCUCCGAAGGGGGUGCUCGUCGAGGUCGGGUCGGUGGGACUGUCGCUGGUGAUCUGGGCGGCGUGCGGCGCCUUCUCGGUGGUCGGCGCGCUGUGUUACGCCGAGCUCGGGACCUCCAUUCCCAAGUCUGGGGCCAGUUAUGCCUACAUCUUGGAGGCCUUUGGUCCUCUGCUGGCCUUCCUGCGACUGUGGGUGUCCGUACUGAUCAUAGAGCCCACCUCACAGGCAGUUAUCGCACUAACUUUUGCCCAGUACCUGAUCCAGCCUUUCUUCCCAACAUGUGAGGCACCAAACGCAGCGGUCAGGCUGCUGGCUACAGCGUGUGUAGCUAUCAUCACGUUUGUGAACUGUGCGUACGUUCGAUGGGGGACCAGAGUACAGGACCUGUUCACCUAUGCCAAGCUAGUAGCCCUGGUGGUCAUCAUCAUCACUGGUCUUGUGCACAUGGGAUAUGGUGAAGUUGCACCAUUCCAGAAUUCGUUUGAGGGCACGACAGCCAACGUUGGUGGGAUUGCUCUGGCGCUCUACUCAGGCCUUUUCGCAUAUGCAGGAUGGGACACGUUGAACUAUGCAACAGAAGAGCUGCGGGACCCUUACAGAAACCUACCUCGUGCCAUCUGGAUCUCCCUGCCCAUUGUGUCCAUCAUCUACAUCCUCACCAACAUCUCCUACUACACCAUCCUGUCUACAACAGAAGUGCUGACCUCAGAUGCUGUAGCUGUGUCCUUUGCAAACAGGUCCCUUGGUGUGAUGGCUUGGUGCAUCCCCAUUGCUGUAGCCAUGUCGACAUUUGGAGGCCUGAAUGCAUCCAUCUUUGCUGCAGCCAGGUUAUUUUUCGUGGGUGCUCGUGAGGGACAUCUACCAGACUUGCUGGCCAUGGUGCACAUCACUAGAUACACACCAGUCCCAGCUGUGUUGUUUAACGGUUUUAUGGCGAUCUGUUACCUGACCACAGACGACGUGUUCACCCUGAUUAACUACUACAGCUUCAUGUACUGGCUGACAGUGGGCCUGUCUGUAGCAGCUCUGUUGUGGCUGAGGUAUAAGAGACCGGACAUGCACAGACCCAUCAAGGUGAACCUGUUCUUCCCCAUAUCGUUCCUGAUUGCCUGUGUGUUCCUGGUGGUUGUUCCCUUCUACUCCGACACUGUCAACUCCCUGAUAGGAACUGCCAUUGCUGCCACAGGCCUUCCUGUGUACUAUGUCGGUGUCUACAUGAAGAAGAAGCCGGUUUGGCUGACAAACUUUGUUGAUACUGCGACCAGAGCGUGUCAGAAGGUGAUGAUGUCCAUCCUGCCUGAUGUUGAUGUCCAGCAGAAGAUGAUAGAGGAGGCUGGGUAGUAAGGACAGUCUCAAGAUGUCUUGGAAUGUCAAGAAUGUUCUUCAAGACUGCUACAUGUGUGUUAUAUGGGGAUUUAAUCUGUUAGCCAGGGAACUGCUUGUUGAGUUUACUUUACUGAAUAGCACUGUCAAAAAUAGUAAUCUAUGUUGGAACAACCACUUUCUUUUAUUUAUGUACAGUUAAUAUACUCUCCAAUCAGAGGUUUGGGCUUUGGGUUAUUUUGGCAUAUUUUGUAGUAC